AUGUCACAUCCAGAUACAUCAAUUUCAAGUGAAUACAUAGUAUCUGAUAGUGAAAUAACAGGUGAGAAUCUUGACAGGCAGAUAAAUAUACCUCCUAAAAAUAAGCCACGAGGCCAAAGUGCUAAUUAUAGUGUGGAUCAAGAUUUUGAAGACAAUCUUGAUCUAGCAUUAGAAACAAUUAAGUUAGGAAAAAACCCUUUUGUUAACAAUAAGACACCGAGAAGAAGCCUUUCAAUUUCGAAGGCCCAAGAUACUGACUCUUACUCAUUAAGAAGUUUUCGGCAAUCUAGUUUUUCUGACAACUCACAUACUAAAAUGCUCAAUAAAUCGAGCCCAUAUGAUAAUAGCCCUCCCAACACAGCAAGCUCGAUAUGGUCGAAGGGGUUUUCGUCUAUAUAUAAUACUACCAAAAGACUUAUACUUCAAAACAAAAGAAACAUACAACUUUCGGAUGGCGUUGAAGUAGCAGAUACGUCGACCUUAGAUUCUCAAUCAAGGACUAUAAUACCUCAUAUGGACUCAUUAUACUCGUCUAACGCAAUUUCGAAUGCAAAGUAUAAUGCUUUUUCCUUUUUCCCGUUUAUUCUUUACGAACAAUUCAAGUUUUUCUUUAACUUAUACUUUUUGCUCGUGGCACUAUCGCAAGCGAUUCCUGCGCUUCGGAUUGGAUAUCUAUCGUCAUAUGUUGUUCCCCUUGUUUUUGUUCUUUCAGUAACCAUGUCCAAGGAAGCAAUUGAUGAUUUAAUGCGCCGCCACAGGGACAGAGAGCAAAACAAUGAAUUAUAUGAAGUCUUAGGAUCUUCUAAACUGGUUAUGGCCAAAGACUUGAAAUGUGGCGACUUGGUAAAGCUACAUAAAGAUGUAAGGAUUCCCGCAGAUAUGAUCUUACUCCAAUCAAGUGAAAAAUCUGGAGAAUCAUUUAUCAAAACAGAUCAGUUAGACGGUGAAACAGAUUGGAAAUUGAGGGUGGCGUGUCAAUUGACUCAGUGUUUAUCAGAAAAUGACUUAGAGAUGAUAAAAAUUCAAGCACAAUCACCAACAAAAGAUAUCCAUAAGUUUUUAGGAAAUUUAACCUAUGGUGAUACAACGAUAGGAUUAGGUAUCGAUCAAACGUUGUGGGCUAACACUGUUUUGGCAUCUGGAACAUGUAUCGGUUGCAUUAUUUACACAGGUAAAGAUACAAAGCAAGCGCUCAAUACGUCUUCUCCGACGGUAAAAGUAGGAUUGUUGGAACUUGAAAUCAAUAAAAUUUCCAAGGUAUUAUGUGUGUCUGUGUUUGUACUUUCAGUGGGAUUAGUAGCUUGUCGUGGCUUCACGAAUAAUUGGUAUGUUGACAUUAUGAGGUUUUUGAUUCUAUUCUCUACUAUAAUUCCAGUGUCAUUAAGAGUUAACUUAGAUUUGGGAAAAUCUGUCUAUGCAUACCAAAUCCAGCACGACGAAAAUAUUCCUGAGACGAUCGUCAGAACAUCUACUAUACCAGAAGAUUUAGGAAGGAUUGAGUAUCUUUUGACAGAUAAAACAGGUACACUAACGCAAAAUGAAAUGGAAAUGAAGAAGAUUCAUUUGGGCACAGUAUCAUACACACAUGAUAGUAUGGAUUUAGUUAAAGAAUACAUCAACGGUUUUGGUGAAGUUUCAGUGAAAACUAUCUCCAGGCGGGAUUUAAGCGCAAGGGUGAGAGACUUGAUAGUAGCACUAGCAAUUUGCCAUAAUGUCACACCCACAAUGGAGGAAAAUAAUUUAGAAUACCAAGCGGCGUCGCCUGAUGAAGUUGCUAUUGUUAAGUUUACUCAAUCAGUUGGAUUAACACUGAUCAAACGUGAUCGUACUAGUUUGACUUUAUUGCAUGAGUAUACCGGCAUGAUUUAUGAAUUCGAGAUAUUACAAGUUUUUCCAUUUAAUUCUGACACUAAAAGAAUGGGCAUUGUUGUUCAUGAUAAAUCUAGAGAUGAGUUCUGGUUUUACGAAAAAGGUGCAGAUACAGUCAUGUCAAAGAUAGUCGUUCAAAAUGAUUGGCUCGAGGAAGAAACAGGUAAUAUGGCAAGAGAGGGAUUGAGAACCUUGGUUAUUGGAAGAAAAAGGUUGACCUUUAACGUGUAUGAAGAAUUCAACUCCUCCUACCAUAAAGCAAGCACUUCGAUGAACAACAGAGAUGCACAGAUGCAAAAAACCAUAACCCAAUAUUUAGAAAACGAUGUAGAACUUCUAGGAUUAACAGGUGUUGAAGACAAGUUGCAAGUUGAUGUUAAAUCUUCUAUAGAAAGCUUAAGAAAUGCAGGAAUAAAAAUAUGGAUGUUAACUGGGGAUAAAGUGGAGACAGCUAGAUGCAUUGGCAUCAGUACAAAACUCAUUUCUAGAGGACAAUACAUUCAUACUAUUGAGAAGCUAAAAAACCACGAAAUUGCGUUACAGCAGAUUGAAUUUUUGCGCUCUAGUACAGACUCUUGCUUGUUGAUUGAUGGUGAAUCGCUAUCACUUUACUUGAGCUAUUUUUCAGAUGAAUUUUUCAAUAUAGCUAAAAACUUGCCUACAGUUAUUGCAUGUAGAUGCACUCCUCAACAGAAGGCGGAUGUUGCAAUUCUUAUCAAGGAAAACACAGGAAAGAGAGUUUGUUGCAUUGGUGAUGGUGGUAACGAUGUUAGUAUGAUUCAAUCAGCUGAUGUCGGUAUUGGCAUUGUUGGUAAGGAAGGGAAGCAAGCAUCUAUUGCUGCAGAUUUCUCGAUUACUCAAUUUUGCCAUCUUACGAAGCUUUUACUAUGGCAUGGUAGAAACUCUUAUAAACGAUCAGCCAAACUUGCUCAAUUUGUUAUUCAUAGAGGCCUUCUCAUUUCCGUCUGUCAAGUGGUUUAUUCUAUUUCUUCCAGUUUUGAACCGCUAGCGCUAUACCAAGGGUUUUUGAUGGUUGGGUAUGCUACAUGUUACACCAUGGCCCCGGUUUUCUCGCUCGUGUUAGACUAUGAUGUUAGUGAAAAUCUUGUCACUCUAUACCCUGAACUUUACAAAGAGUUGACUGAAGGUAAGUCUCUAUCGUUCAGAACUUUUUUUGUGUGGCUGUUCGUGUCUGUUUUUCAGGGAUGUGUUAUCCAAGGAAUGUCUCAGGGAUUUGUCGGUUUAGAAAGCCUACAGUUUACUACUUUAGUGGCAUUAUCAUUCACAACUCUAAUUUUGAAUGAAUUAGCAAUGGUUGCUCUUGAGAUAAACACAUGGAACAAGGUAAUGCUAUACUCUGAACUAGUCACUUUAGCCAUUUAUGUCGGUAGCGUUCCGUUCUUGUCAGAUUACUUUAAUUUGUCUUAUGUUCGAAGCUUUAGCUUUUUCUGGCAUUUUACAGUUAUACUGGCAGUUAGUUUGAUACCUAUCUGGGCGGCAAAGACUUUAAAUCGCAGAUUACGACCACCAACCUAUGCGAAAGUCCAGCAGGUCUGA